GCGGAGACGACUAAUAGCUGACGGUGUGAAUUAAAAUUGACAUUCAUCAUAAGGACAGCAAUCUGUCAGUUUCACCCCAGCGCUGUGUUUGGUUAAUGUCCAAACGAAGUGUACAUUUGAUGCCUAUGUAUGGGGUGUAAAACGUAUGCAUGUAUUUUCGAUGGUUGUUUCAGCAGUCACGUACGGGCGUGGAGAUCCUGCGUCAACAUGGGAAAGUUUUUCUUCAGCAGGGCUGAAAAAUAGGUCACCGGAUCUCGCCUUUGUCUCCACGCGUCUGGUAUCUAACUUCAUAUAUGCAUUGGGAAAUCUGGAUUUGCAACGUUUGGGAGACGUUGAAACAUUCGUGAUCUUAAAGAGGUUACAGUAUAUUUGGAGGAAUGGUGGUCAACACGGUCCACUGGUUUAGAAAGGGUUUACGCUUCCAUGACAACCCAUCACUGCUGGACUCUGUAAUCGGAGCGGAUACUCUGAGAUGCGUUUACAUACUGGAUCCAUGGUUUGCAGGAUCAUCCAAUGUAGGAAUCAACCGGUGGAGGUUUUUGCUGCAGUGUUUGGAGGAUUUAGACGCCAGCCUUCGUAAACUUAAUUCUCGCCUGUUCGUCAUCAGGGGACAGCCCACGGAUGUCUUUCCAAGGCUAUUUAAGGAAUGGAAAAUCACCCGGUUGUCAUAUGAGUACGACUCUGAACCCUUUGGGAAGGAUCGUGAUGCAGCUAUUAGGAAGCUGGCCACUGAGGCAGGGGUUGAACUCUUUGUCAGGAUCUCCCACACACUCUAUGAUCUGGACAAGAUCAUAGAGUUGAAUGGAGGGCAGUCUCCUCUCACCUAUAGACGAUUUCAGGCACUCAUCAGCAGAAUGGACCCUGUGGAAACACCAGCAGACACGAUCACAGCUGAUAUCAUGGGGAAAUGUGCCACGCCCAUCAGUGAUGACCACGACGAGAAGUUUGGUGUGCCUUCACUGGAGGAGCUCGGUUUUGACACAGAAGGACUGUCCACGGCUGUAUGGCCUGGUGGAGAGACCGAAGCGCUUACUCGACUAGAGAGACACCUGGAGAGAAAGGCAUGGGUCGCUAAUUUCGAGCGUCCUAGAAUGAAUGCUAAUUCCUUGCUGGCCAGCCCCACAGGCCUGAGCCCUUACCUCCGCUUUGGCUGUCUGUCCUGCAGACUUUUCUACUUCAAACUCACAGACCUUUAUAGAAAGGUUAAGAAGAACAGUGUCCCACCUCUGUCCCUGUACGGUCAACUGCUGUGGCGUGAGUUCUUCUACACUGCUGCUACUAACAACCCACAUUUUGACAAAAUGGAGGGCAAUCCCAUCUGCGUGCAGAUCCCAUGGGACAAGAACCCUGAAGCCUUAGCAAAGUGGGCUGAGGGCCGCACUGGAUUCCCAUGGAUUGAUGCCAUCAUGACUCAGCUGAGGCAGGAAGGAUGGAUCCAUCAUUUGGCCAGGCAUGCUGUCGCUUGCUUCCUCACACGCGGAGACCUGUGGAUCAGCUGGGAAGAGGGCAUGAAGGUGUUUGAGGAAUUGUUGCUAGAUGCAGACUGGAGUGUGAAUGCAGGCAGCUGGAUGUGGCUUUCCUGCAGCUCGUUCUUCCAGCAGUUCUUUCACUGUUACUGUCCAGUGGGUUUCGGUCGACGUACAGACCCUAAUGGAGAUUAUAUAAGACGCUAUCUGCCCAUAUUGAGGGGCUUCCCUGCCAAAUUCAUCUACGACCCUUGGAAUGCCCCAGAAAGCAUUCAGAAAAUUGCCAAGUGUAUAAUUGGAGUGCACUACCCCAAACCCAUGAUCAAUCAUGCCGAGGCCAGCAGAAUCAACGUUGAGCGAAUGAAACAGAUCUACCAGCAGCUGUCAUGCUACCGGGGUCUUGGGCUUCUUGCAACUCUCCCAUCCAACACAAUUAACAAUGGUGAUGGUAAUGAAGCAGCUUCAGGAGUAGGUCCUUCCUCGGGAGGUGUCACACAGGAGAGCACUCUCAUAACAGUGCACCCUUCACCAGCAAGCUCUCGAGCACAGUUCCCAUCAUUUGCCGUGUCAUAUGAUCAACAGUCCGUCAACAGUGCGCAAACAGAGCCAGGUUACAUCGGAGGUGGACAACCUCACAAACUGCCACAAAGAGUGAGUAUUUUAAAGCGUCACACCCAAGACCAAACGUCAAACAGCGCAUCAAAGAUUCGGAGGCGGGACAGUCACUGAUCUUUUCAGGCCUCUUAACCGGCAUGUAUACACACCUUUCCAGAGACAGAACCUGUUUUACCAUCCCCGUCAUCAACUUCUUCAUACUAUAGCUAUGAUCGUUGUGAUUGUGUUUGUAGAGCUUGAGCUAGCAGUGAGGUGUAACUUGGAGGGCGAGGAAACUGUAAACUAAGCCUAGCUCAUGAACUGUGCUACAUGACAUCAUGUGUAGUUAUAAAUGCUGUAUGUUUACAUUAUUUGCAAACUGUAUAUUUAUGAAUUGUGGAGGAAAAUGUUUUGUAGCUUUUGAUGUUUGAUCAUGCAUUGUUGUAUUCUCAUAAUCUAAAUGUCAUGCAUCAGUUUCUUAUUCGAAAUGUAUGUAUUUAGCAUACAUACCAUCUAGUGUCCAGGACUGUUUGUGCUGUGUUGUUGUCUAACUGUUUGGCAAUAACUGAAAUAUAAUGAGACCAUAAUAACGAUCACCAGAAGUUACAUGCUUAAAAUUGAGAAGUUUACGUUGAUCAACUAUUGAGAUGAGAAAUUCGACAUUGUCAAAAAAGCCAUUUGAUUCAAAAAAUAUUUUCUAAUUACAGAAUAUAAGAAUUAGGGGAAAAUCUGUAUAUUAUAGGUCACUAUCGUUGUGACAUAUAAGCACAAGUGGAUUUGUUUGAACACAAUUACAAGGAAUCCAAGGUUUACUAUGUAUAUAAACGUGUAUUGAAAGUAAUCCAGUCUCCAGAUCACUGUACAUAGCUUUUCUUGCUUAUGUUGUUAUAUUUUUUAUAUGAGAAACAAUGCAUUUUAUUUGAAUUGUAAUGUGGUCUUUAUAAAUCACCAUUAAAACAUGAAAAACAUUA